AUGCUCGGGAGGCGCUACGACGAUGACGCUGUCGGGUCGGCGGCGAGAAACAAGAAACGAAGCACUGCGCUGUCCUGUGCUGAAUGCCGAAGGCUCAAGCUGCGUUGUGAUAGGAAGUUCCCUUGCAGCGCCUGCAUCAAGCGAGGCUGUAGUCAAAUUUGUCCAGAUGGCUCUCUGACGACAGGCAAGGGCAAUAGAUUUGUACUCGCGAAUACAGAGACCCUGCACGAAAAGAUCGCAGAACUAUCUCACCGUGUGCGAUCCCUUGAAGACGCCCUUCAAGUUGCACACAGCGCAAUACACAAUGAUAGACAUCCGCUGCUGAGUGAUGAGCUACUAAAAGUUAAGAACCCGUUAGAAAGAGAGGUGAUUGCUGAGCCACCAAGAACGCAAGAGGAAGAAGACACAAUUGAUGCCGUUGGUUCACUGUCAAUCUCCCAUACUGGUCGCACGAAUUUCUAUGGACAAACAGCGAACUCUUGGUAUCUUCUCCAAAGCGACCACUCGGAUGGCGAGGAGCACCACAUGCUGGCGCUUCCCGUGGAUAUACCCUGGCUGAGUCACGCCUUCCCCUUUUCGCCGUCGCUCAACCAAGCAGCCGCGGAUGACCUGCGCUCGACACUCCUAGCUGCGUUACCGGACGCACCAACGGCUCGUGAGCUUGCCGAUCUGUACUUUGCCAAUGCAUCGUGGAUGUAUCAUCCCGUGACAAAGGAGCAGUUCGACAAGCACAUAUUCGCGCGUGUGUAUCCGUACGCGACUGCAGAGUCACCGGUGGACGCAGAGACAGACCGCGAUUCGGGCUCGUUCGAAAGUCACCGACUCGCCCUCUUGUACAUUGUCCUCGCUGUUGGCAUCCUUGUUGAUCUUAAACGACCCUCGCAUGAUACUGCUGGUGUGCGGUACUUCCAACUCUCCAAGGCGGCACUCAGCCUUGAUGCUGUACUGGAAGAUCCGAGCAUACCGGCAAUUCAGGCCCUGGUGAUUAUGUGUCACUAUAUGUUCUUGAACGACGUCGACUCGCAGAGAUGGACGUUAAUGGGGACGGUGAUCAAGUUGGCACAAAGCGUCCACCGCGAUAGCACGCGUUGGAAGCUCUCUCCGGAGGAGACGAAACUUCGUCGUGAAUUGUUUUGGGAGAUUUACGUGUACGACUCUUGGCAGAGUUUAACCUAUGGACGCCCCCCUUCCCUCGCCAUGGCCCAUAUCGACUGCAAGAUGGCGCACGAAACUACGAAGACUCCUUCCGGGCAGGUCGAAAUGUCUUUCGAUGCUUGGAAACACCGUUUCUCGUCUGAAUUACUUAGCAUUGUACAUGAUCAGGUGUUCGGCGCGAGGACCCCUUCUUACGCGACCGUGACUGAGCUGGACAAACGUGUCCGUGCUUAUUAUAUUCCUCCAUCACUACAAGUCCCCGGCUUCGGCAGUGCGCCCAUGUACUCAGCUAGUGGUGAUCCGCCAAUGGCUUUAACGAUGCAACGGCAUAUUAUACUUGCCAUCAAGGAAGUCACGCUAUUGUAUAUGCACCGAGGAUUCUUCGCAAAGGCCAUGAGUGACAGCCCUGUAGAUCCACUCAGUGGGAAAUAUGGUCAUUCCGUCUUGCGAGCCCACGAGAGCGCAUCAUUCUUCGUCAAACUCGUGAAAAGUCUGUGGUCUCAUUAUAAAGACCUGACAGAAAGGAACUGGUUCUUGUUCACGCAUGUCUUUUCGUGCGCUAUUGUCCUGGGUUCUAUUCCGGCUAAAUGUCCGGGAAUGGCGUUGUCUCGAUCCGCACUGAGAGACCUGGAUCAAGCGUACGACCUAUUUGCACAGCUGGGGGAAAAGAGCAGGACCGAGAAGGUUUUGCCUGUGCUCAAAAGACUAAGAGACCGUGCCCAUGCGUCCAUGGAUGAACACCAAAAUCAAACAAGAGAUACAAUGGGCGGCACGAAGCGCGAAUCAUCACAGGAAUUAAUCCCGAAGAACGAAGAUGAGCUGACAACGCUCGGAGGCAAAACCCGCCUUGUGGCUAAGAAGCCGCAAUCUCCUUCGUCUUCGCGCGGAUCUCGUUCGCCCGCCUCAAGUCCGGCAGUUGCAUUUAAUUCUCCAAUGCCACAGACUCCGGCGUCUCCUACAUCACCCGUUAGUCCGGCACAUUUACAGACUUCGUUUUAUGGCGAGCCGUCAUCGCAUAUGCAGCAUCAACAACAGUUUGUUUCCCCUAUUGAAUCGAGCCCUGUGUCGAGCUACCAGCAAUCACCGGAGAUGGCACUGUUCGGCAUGCACCUCCCGCCUGAACAUAUGCAUGCACACGUGCAAGUACAUACCCAGGCACAGGCUCACUUGCACGCACAGAACCAAGCGCAAUGGCAGAACAAUCAGACGAUGACGAUGGCAUAUAGUCCAGUGGGGAUGCAGCCUAAUACUGGAUAUGGCAAUGGCUCGCAAGUUGGCCCGGAGGUGAAUAUGUCCGGUAUGAUGGGACCUGGGUACAGCCAAAACGUGGUUGGAAGUAGUAGUGGGCAGUAUGAAAUGGGUGGGUAUUACGACAUGAGUGGGAUGCAGAAUGUGUAUGCAUCGCCGACUUACGGACAGACUGGACAAGAGAUGUUGUCCCCUCAGGAUGUUGACCCUCUUAGCGCUUGGAGCAAUCUUAUGGCUCAGUACACGAACGCUUGA